CCCCUAUGCACAUCCAUGCCAACCCAUUUACUGUACUCUCAAUGUAUGCCAUAAUUGUCCAUAGUUGUAACAGUUAUUUAUGUACAUAUUGUCCUUAUCAUUUAAUUCUCUUCCAGUGUAUACCAUAAUAUUUACGCAAUGUCACUGUAGUAACAUGUUAUAAUUGUUUGCUAACUGGUGUAUCUUAAGUCUAAUCAGUUCUCUUUCAAUGUAAUGGUUUAUCUUAUGCCAACCUAUUUACUGUACUCUCAAUGUAUGCCAUAAUUGUCCAUAGCUGUAACAGUUACUUAUGUACACAUUGCCCUUAUCAUUUAAUUUUGCUCCAGUGUAUACCAUAAUAUUUACGCAAUGUCACUGUAGUAACACGUUAUAACUACUGCUAACUGGUUUAUCUUAAUUCUAAUCAGUUCUCUUUCAAUGUACUAGUUUAUCUUAAUUAUAAUCAGUUCUUUUUCAAUGUAAAUAGUAAGUCACGUAACAUUAGCAACUUGUAAAAAUCUACUUUCACAUGCUUGUACAUACUGAAAUAUCUCUGAAAGUGGAAGUCUUUGGCAGUGUAAUGAUUGUAAUAUCGCGGUCUUUGUAUGUAUACAUCCAUGUGACGGAACUUUCUAAGUGUGUGAGUGGUGCACUACAGUAAGUGCAUAUAUAUGCACAAUAAAUGUGCACUAUACAAUCUUCGAUGUUGCAAGACAUUAAACAACCAGCAGUGGAACAUAAUAGCGCGGAUUCUUCACUGGCAUCACCACCCCAAGGAAGUUUCGUCAGAUGGGGAAUCAAAACUGAAAUUAUAAUGUAAAACGUGAAAUAGCCGUCUGAUGAUGAACCUAUCGGUUCGAAACCGGUAACGGCGCUAUUUAGUAAAUAAAUAGUGUUAUUAAAAGUGGCUGGUUGCUGUAAUUUCUAUAUAAGAAUCAACCUGUAUUUUGUAUACAGCCACGGGCUCAAUAUGUCAGUUUUUGACAAAAUAGCAUUAAGCUUACCUCGCCAGGUACUGAGAAACGUUCACGCUUUUAAAAGAUGCAAAAGAAACCUAACAAAGACCAACCUUAACAUCAAAUUUAAUAAGAAAUGUCUGUCAGCACAGAUAACACCAAACUACAUAAAAGUGAAGAUUAACUCUAAAACUAAUACUGCCAAAAUAGUUAAAGCAAAAUGUGAAAUCAUGUGGCUCAAGACAGAGAUCAAGAUGCUGUAUAAAAAGAAAGAACUACUCAACAAGCAGCUGUACAAUCUACAUUUGCAACUUGGUAAUUGCCUCUCCAGCCUUCAGUUCUCCUACAUCUUACAGUACAUACAGAUCAUCACUGACAAAGAACAGCAGAAAAUACUGUAUAGGCAUAAGAAAAAACUAGACAAUUUGGAAAUGAAGAAAGGUAACCUCCCCUCCAAAAAUUUACAUGACAGCCAACAUCAGUUUCAUGGAAGAACUAUUAACUCAACUAAUAUCAGUUUUACAAACAAUGAACUUGCUCUCAUAAACAAAGGACUAAAGCAUAACAUAGAGCCCAGACUUAAUGCCAAUAACUUGAAAAGCCUUAUUGCAUCUACUAAACUUGCAUGUGAUGCUGCUAAAUUAAAUUCCAGGGAAACCAAUGCCAUAGCCUUUAAAGCCAAUAAAAUAAUAACACGACACCUCAAAAACACCAGUUCACACAGAAACAAUGAUCUAAAUGUUCUAAAUUGUAUCAAUUCCAAACUUUCUGAGAAUAAAGCUUUAAUAGUCAAAGCUGAUAAAAGUAAUUGUGCAGUGAUAAUGUAUGAAAAAGAAUAUGUUGACAAAACCAUGCAAUUCUUCAAUAGUAACAACAUAACUGAAUUAGAUUUUGAUCCUACCUCUAAAUUUCAGGCCAAAAUUAAGAAAACACUUAAGAACUGUAACUUCCUCCUAACUAAUUGGGAAAUACGUGACUGCAUUGCCAUGAACCCCACUGCACCUCGGCUCCGGUCACAGCCUAAAACCCAUAAGGAAAACUGUCCCAUCAGGCCAAUUGUGAACUCUAGGAACAGCCCUUCAUAUAAGUUAAACAACAAACUGCUUGCUCUGCUCAACACCUACUACACCUUUGAAAACAAAUUCUCCAUUAAGAAUACAUAUGAACUCAUCGACAAAAUCAAAGAUGUAUACAUUCCACCAACAGCCAGAUUUGCAUCACUUGAUAUAGUAAACCUUUAUACCAACAUCCCUGUAGAUGACACCAUAAACAUAAUCAGAAACAAUCUACUCAAACAUAUGAAACUAAGUAUGGCAGAGAUCUGUGAGCUCCUCGAGUUACUCACCUUGGUACUGUCAUACAAUUAUUUCAGUUUUAAUAAUAAAAUAUACAGACAGAAAGACGGGUUGGCAAUGGGUAGCAGUCUAGCUGGGAUGUUAGCAGAUAUUUACAUAAAUCACUUGGAACAGACAUUUUUUGAAGCUAACAGCCACAUCAACAGCAAAAUCAUCUACUACAAAAGAUAUGUUGAUGAUACAAUUAUACUUUUUGAUGGCACCAAUGAGGAAAUAGACACAUUAGCAACAAAAAUGAGCAGCAUGCACAAAAACAUUAAAUUCACCGUUGAACAUGAGACCAACAGCAGCAUCAAUUUCCUAGAUGUAAAAAUCACCAACAAGAAUCAUAAACACCAGUUUGAGAUCUAUAGAAAACCAACAUCCACUGAUGUAUGCAUCAACAGCUCAUCUUGUCAUCCAAACCAGCAUAAGAUGGCAUAUUUUAGGUCCACACUGAACCGCCUACACAAAAUUCCCCUUGAACCAGUUAAAAAAGAGAAAGAAAUCAGUAUCAUUAAAACCAUAGCCUCAAACAAUGGAUAUGACCCUCUCAUAAUAGACAAACUAUCACAAAAAAUCCAUAAACCAUCAGCCAGCAAAACUGUGCACCAGACAACCAUGCUACUUACACAAGACACAGUAGAAAAGAGCAGAAAACAUGUUGCACUACCUUUCCUAGGGAGCAUAUCCUACAAAAUAAGCAACCUAUUCAAAAAUACAAACAUUAAAAUAAGCUUCCACACAAACAACAAACUCCAGCAGUUAGCAGUUCACAACUUAAAAAAUUACAACCCCCCCUACAAAAAAUCUGGCAUAUAUAAACUCAGCUGUCAAAGCUGCCCCUCUUACUAUAUAGGACAAACUGGAAGAAGCAUUGAGACACGGUUCAAAGAGCAUAUAGAUGCCAUACGUUUGAACAAUAUCUCAAAAUCCACAUUUGCCAUGCACACAACCACCAACAGUCAUGGAAUAAAGAACAUUGAAGACCAUGUACAAGUGUUACACUAUGCGGAGAAAGGCAGCCUUAUGAAUCUGCUUGAGGAAAUUGAAAUAUAUGUACAUAAAAAUAAAUCACCACAAAAUCUCCUCAAUGAACAAACCGAGUUAGCCAAUGCAGCCUUUCUUCAAAAUUUCAUUCACCUGCUUUCCAAUUCAAAGUAAAAAAAAAAAAAAAAAAAAAAAAAAAAAAAAAAAAAAAAAAAAAAAAAAAAAAAAAAAAAAAAAAAAAAAAAAAAAAAAAAAAAAAAAAUA